AAGUCUGAAGAAGUCACGACAUUGCAAUGUCUCAUUUUCAAAAAGCCCAAUCUGAGACUCGAGACACCAGGGAAUUCGAAAUCCUAUUCUUCUACCUAGACUCCGACUCGAGGAUUCCCGAUUUUUCCCACCCGCCGUCGUCACUCGCCACUCAGUUCCAGUGACGAACGCACCGCACACGCCGCCUCUGUCGUGGUUGACUUUCGACGGUCAAUGGUCUACGACCGCCCUAGUUGGCCUGAGUUAUUGGUUCCGUCACUGCUCCUACACUUCUUGUUUACCUUGUCUCCAACCCUUAAUUCAAUUCAUUUUUUCUCACAUAAGUUCUCAUCUCCCUGCAAGCUAAGUUGUACCUGACGAGUCUGCUCAGGGAUGUACAGCAAAAGAGCAACAGUUGUCACCUUCUUCUCUCUCAGGAAUUUGUUGAAGGUAUGUGAUACAAGAUCCCGUUGUUUCAUGGAAUCCAUAAAGCCCCUUCCUUUUGCUAGGAACCUCAGCACUGCUACUGAAAUAUCGGAUUUUUACAAUGCUAAUUAUGUGAAUGGAGAUGAUUUUAACCAAGUUAUUGGUUCUAAUGAGGUCGAGUCAGAUGGUUUGGGAACUUUAAAGAAACAUCAUAGUGAAGUUUAUGGACAGAGCGGUUUAGAAUCCAUGAGUGAAAGGUUGCACCAGAGUUCAAGUGGGUAUGGAAUGUUGCAAGGCGGGUUGGAUUCCAUGAGUGGGCAGUCUCAACAGAGUUCAAGUGGUUUCUACGGGGGACAAUAUGGAAUAUCGCAGCAGAAUUUAGGAGGUCAUUAUGCUGGAAACACAGAAAUUUUUCAAGGUGGUUUGGAUUCCGUGAGUGGGCAGUCUCAGCAGAACUCAAGUGGUUUCCCCAGGGGACAACAUGGAAUAUCGCAGCAGAAUUCAGGAGGCCAUUAUGCUGGAAACACUGGAAUUUUUCAAGGUGGUUGGGACUCCGUGAGUGGGCAGUCUCAGCAGAGCUCAAGUGGUUUCUACAGCGGACAACAUGGAAUAUCAAAGAAGAAUUUGGGAGGCUAUUAUGCUGGAAACACAGGAAUUAACCAGCAGAGUGUACAUAGUGCCGGAGUGUAUCAAAAUGAAAGUGAAGUUAAUUACUCUAAUGCACGAAACUAUUGGCAGAAUCAGAAUGACUCCCAGAACAGAGGAACAGUUUUUUCUCAAAGAACUAAUGAUUUAAAACAGAACGAGAGGUUGGUUGAAGUUGCUGAUAUCAAGAAGCUCGAUGAAUUCUGCAAGGAGGGAAAAGUAAAAGAAGCAGUAAAACAUUUAGGGUUGCUAGAGCAACAGCAUGUCCCAGUUGAUUUUCCUCGAUAUGUAAUGUUGAAGAAGGCAUGUUUUGAGAAUAAAGCUUUACAAGAGGUCAAAUCUGUCAGCGAGCACUUUAUUAAAUCAACAGCAAAUCCUUUGGGAUUGCUCGAUGGAUUCUACAAAGAGGGUAAACUAAAAGAAGCUGUAGAACUUUUAGAAUUGCUAGAGCUGCAACAUUUCCCAGUUGAUUUGCCUCGAUAUGUAAUGUUGAUGGAAGCAUGUGGUGAGAAUAAAGCUUUAGAAGAGGCCAAAUAUGUUCAUGAGCACCUCAUAAGAUCAACACCAAAUCUUGAAGUCAAAAUAAACAAUAAGAUUCUUGAGAUGUAUUCCAAAUGUGGUUCCGUGAAUGAUGCCUUUGUGGUCUUUGAUCAAAUGCCAAAACGUAACCUGACUUCUUGGGAAAUCAUGAUAUCUUGGCUUGCUAAUAAUGGUUUUGGUGAAGCUUCUAUUGAAUUGUUUACAGAUUUCAAAAGAUGUGGACUAAAACCUGAUGGCCAAAUGUUUAUUAAGGUAUUUUCUUCAUGUGGAAUCGUAGGUGACAUUGUUGAAGGAAUGUUGCACUUCGAAUCAAUGAGCAAGGAUUACGGAAUUUCUCCCUCCAUGGAGCAUUAUGUUAGUGUAGUGGCCAUGUUUGGAAGUGCAGGAUGCUUGGACGAAGCUUUGGAGUUCAUUGAACAGAUGCCGAUCGAGCCAGGUAUAGAAAUUUGGGAGACAUUAAUGAAUUUUUGCAGAAUUCAUGGACAUAAGGUGCUCGGAGACCGUUGUGCUGAGCUUGUUGAGCUCCUUGAUCCGUCACGAUUGGAUGAUCAAUCGAGGGCAGGCCUCAUAUCAAUAAAAGCUUCUGACCUUGAAGGGGAGAAAAAGAAAUUGAGUAAUCGAAAUCCUCUAGAUGUUAAGAGUACAGUCUUUGAGUAUAGAGCGGGUGACCGAUCUCACCCUAAUCAUGAACAUAUAUACACAUUGCUUGGAGGGCUGAAGAAUAAUAUGAAAGCUGUUGGUUAUAUACCAGACACUAGAUUUGUGCUCCACGACGUUGACCAAGAAACUAAGGAGGAAGCUCUAAUGGCUCAUAGCGAGAGACUUGCUAUUGCCCAAGCUUUAAUGAAUUCUCCAGCUCGAUCCCAAUUGCGAAUAAUUAAGAAUCUUCGUGUUUGUGGCGAUUGCCAUAAUGCACUGAAGAUCAUCUCAACAAUAGUUGGUAGGCUAAUCAUUGCUCGAGAUGCCAAGAGAUUUCACCAUUUUGAAGAUGGAAAAUGUAGUUGUAAUGAUUAUUGGUGAAGUUGGACAAAUUUAACGUACUUUAUUUUUUCCUCCAAUAGUGAAGACGUACGGGAUUUAAUCUUUUUUCCGUAUGAUAGAUGAUAUCUUCUGAGGUUUCUGGUGUGAUAUCAAACUGUCUUUGUUUAUGUGUACAACUCCUCGCUUGAUUACGUGGAAGAAAUGACAUUAUCUAUCUUUUCUAGGAA